UUACGCCUCAUUUUGGAUCACUGCACAAGAGAAACGAAAUUGGGAAUGAGAAUCCGCAAAAACCAAUCCACACCACUUACUGCCAGCUUUCCCCCUCCCCAAAAAAAACAACUACAAGGACAAAAUAUAGGAGCAAAGCAACAAGAGAAGAGUUACUAACAGAGGAUGAUUUCAAGGACUUGUUGAGGGAGGGCUGUAGAUGGAAGCAGAGAGCUUCAUUAACUUUGGAGCACAAUAUAUGAUAUGCCUGAUCAACUCUAUUGCACAACAAGAUGUAUUAGCGCCUAUCUGAUCAAAUUGAUAAAAAAAAAAAAAAAUUCAAACAGCAUAUCUAGGAAGCUCUGAAGAAACAGAUUGUCUGGGUGGUGUAGUUGGUUAUCACGCUAGUCUCACACAUACUUCUAAUCUUUUUUUGCUCCGAUCUUAAACCAAAUCUUCAGAGGCAAAUCACAAAGACACCCACAAAAUCUGCUAAGAUUUCACAUCCUCAUCUUUCAGUACUCCAAACAAAGAUGCAAAUUCAAUAUUUUUCGCUCUCAAAUCGCACUCUGGGACUGCCCAAUUUAUCACGUUCUCAUAUGCACUCAUCUUUUGCACCAGCUCCUGGUCUCUCUAUUCCAGGGUUCAGAUUUCAUUCCAAAUUUGGGUGUUGCAAUUCAGUCAAAAGGUUAUCCAAAUCACUUGGUGGUUUGAGAAGAUAUGGUGGAUUGGUUAUGGUCAGUUGUGGAGUGUUAGCAAAUGAUGGUAGUGAUGAAGGUAAAGACGAUGGGUUUUAUAUGAGGAGGUGUGUGGAAAUGGCAAGGAAGGCAAUUGGGUGUACAAGGCCUAAUCCUUUGGUGUGCUGCGUCAUUGUCAAAGAUGGCAAGAUUGUUGGUGAAGGGUUCCACCCAAAAGCUGGUCAGCCUCAUGCUGAGGUAUUUGCUCUGAGAGAUGCUGGAGAUUUGGCUGAGAAAGCAACAGCUUAUGUGAGCUUAGAGCCAUGCAAUCACUACGGGAGAACUCCACCCUGCACUGAAGCCCUCAUUAAUGCCAAAGCUAAGAAGGUGGUAAUUGGAAUGGUUGAUCCAAAUCCAAUUGUGGCUUCAACAGGGGUGGAUAAACUGAGACAUGCAGGCAUUGAUGUAAUUGUAGGUGUAGAAGAAGAAUUGUGCAAGAGGCUCAAUGAGGCCUACAUCCAUCAAAUGCUGACUGGAAAACCUUUUGUUACACUCAGACACUCCCUCUCAGUCAAUGGCCACCUUUUAAAUCAACUUGAGGAAGGAGUCACAGAGUGUGGCGGAUACUACUCAAAAUUGUUACAGGAAUAUGAUGCAAUUAUAGUUUCUAGCUCAUUAAUUCACAAGUUUUUAGUUCCUACAUCACAAGAACCUGGUGCCAAUCAACCCAUUUGUGUCAUAACUGCAGCUUCUCGUUCUUCUCCAAUGAAAAUCCGUUCUGUAGAGGAAGAAGCAGCAUCCAAAAUGAUUAUAUUUACAGACAAAGAGACAACUGUUGAACCAGUAACAGCUCAAAAAGGAAUUGAAACUGUGGUAUUGGAUGGGAUAUGCUUGAAUGAAAUUUUGGAGUAUGGUGAGCGUCGGGGACUGUGCAGCAUUUUGCUGGAUUUGAGGGGAGGGUUUGAUGAGCUUCAAGGGCUUCUUAAUGAUGGUAUUGAGCAGAAUAUGUUGCAAAAAGUCACGGUGGAAGUAUUGCCAUUGUGGGAUGAAAAUAGUACCAAGAGUUCCUUUGUGGCUUUGAAGAGUGUUCAGAAAAGACUAAAAGUAAAUAAUCUACAGCCCAGGAUCUCACAUCAGAGCAUUAUACUGGAGGGUUAUCUUUAGUGCAAGUUGUCUGAACUCAAGGAGACAGCACAUAUAUUUUCGAGCAGAGCCCAUGUUGAGCUUACCAGGUACUCCAUUUCACUAUGAGCUUCAAGAAUAGAAUGGAAAGGUUUAUUUCAUGCUUCCGUUAUUCCUUUGCUUACAUCGAGAAACAGUAGCAUAAUGCCCUGAAAGGUCCUGAACCAACAAAUUUGACCUUCCCUACAUUUGCGAUUGCAUGCUGCUUUAAUAUUAUGUUUGCAAAUUUUCAGAUGCCUGAAAA